AUGGCCAGCACGGGAUGGCAGCUGAGAGGCCGAGACUGGAGCCUCGGGCUCCCUCCCAUGCUCUCCAUGGCCCCUCCUCCACUCCACAGCUACCUGCUGCCUCGUCAGCCUUAUUAUGAUGCUCAUUUCACGGAGAAGACACAGAGGGGAUACUGCUCCCCUACUUACCAGGAGUCUGAACAAGAUCAGGGAUUGGGCCGGGCCAGAGAAGCCAGUUCCAAGAAGGCUGGACAAACAGUGACCCCAGCAGUGAUCCUGAGGGACAAAGAGUACACUGACCCUCUCGGGGUCGCAGCCACCUCACCAGAAAUGGGCACAAGAAAUAACCCCGAAGAUCAAGCUUUGAGCGGGCAUUCCACUUGUGACGCCACAGCAAGGGGUCUCCCCUCGUGUUCCCUGUCCUUUACCGGCUCCAAGGACAACACCUCCCGGCCAAUGCCUGGAUGGCACUCCAGCACCCUGGAAGGGCAGGGGGCCCUGGGCAAGCGGGCGUCACAGCAAGGCCGUGCUCUCUUUGCAGAAGGACACGGGUUCCUGUAUGAAACCUCCGGGAUCCGGCCGCGGUUCUCCUGGCAGGUCGCCUCCUUUGGUGCUUCCCCCACGACCCCCACCCGAUUUGCCCUGGCGGGCUUCCACGCGCUCGUCGUCUCCUGGAGCGACCGUGACCUGAAGGACGCCAUGCAAGAGUCCCAGGGGCAGCAGUUCGUGUAGCGAGGGUCCCCAUCCCCUUCGGCUCAGCAGGAAAUCUGCACACACAUCUUGAACCAGUUUGGCUACUGCUCAGAGGGCUUUUCCUGGGAUGGCUCAGCUGUCUUCCCAGAACCACCCGUCAUUAGAAUAUAUCCCGGCACGAUUCGUCCCGUCACUCGGCACAUCAGAUACUACUCCAUGGCCCUACUGAACAACGUGAAGGAGCGGGCCGCCUGGUUCCAAACACCGCACGUCCUCUGGCCCUGGGGCUGUGACAAGCAGUUCUUCAACGCCUCGCUCCAGUUCACCAACAUGGACCUUCUGAUGGAAUUCAUCAACUCUAACUCCGCCUCCAAGCUUGGCAUCUCUGUGGAGCACGCCACACUGGCCGACUACUUCCGUGCCAUGCACACUCACAAUGUCACCUGGAACAUCCACGACCGGGACUUCCUGCCCUAUUCCUCAGAUCCAUUUCAGGCCUGGACCGGCUUCUACGCAUCCCACAGCGGGCUCAAGGGGCUGGCAAGGCGAGUCAGCACACUGCUGUAUGCCGGGCAGUCCGUGUCCACUUGCUACAUGUGGCCGGCCCCCCAGCAGCACCUGGGCCUGGACCGGGCCCUGAAGCACUGCAGUGGCCCCCUGGGCGGUCUCCGAGGUGACGUCACACGUCUCGGUGACGGUACCAGGUUGCAAACCCCCUGUGCGGUGUGCUGUCCCAACCCCUGGUCACUAGACGUCCACUUUCCAGAUGAGAACACUGAGGAGGCCUGUGGUCACAGGCAAGUGCAUGUGGACAUGGGCCAAGGCGAGGACAGUGACAGUGUUCAUCUGGGGGCUGCAGGAAGCUUUCGGGCCAAAUUUACGCAGAGGAGACGGGAGGGUGCCUGGAGCAUUCCAGCAGCUUUUAUAGGAAGACUGGGCGGCAGAGACGAACCUGGGACGGGACCCAUCCAGAUGUCUGUUUCUUGCCCAAGCCAGGGGACUCAGGCAGUGGGUGUCCACAAGGUCACCAGCCCCUCUGAGACUCAGUUUCCUCUUGUGAAAAGUGGGAGGGACCCUCACCUUCUCCACAGGCACCUGGCGAGAGGGAAGGAGAGCCAGCACCAGGGAGGUGAGCGGGUGCUCUGGAGAGGCGGGUCCCGAUCCCAUGCUUCCCCUACUCUGGUCGGGCUACGGGUGCAGCACCACGACGCCAUCCCUGGGACUGAGACGCCCAAGGUGAGGGACAGGUACGUGGAGAAUCUGAGCGCGGGGAUGCACGGCGUGCACAAGCUGAUGGCCUGCAUCGUCCAGGACAGGACCCCAGCCCACUCAGGUAAACGAGGCCCCCGCAGGAUGCUUCUGCAGACCUGGGAGGAGGCUGUGACCGUGCUGACCAGAGAGCCCGCGGGGUCACGGAGCGGCACUGGAACACCUGAGUCUCAGGGCACCCACAGCAGAAACAGAGAGGUUGUGGACGGGCUCAGGGUCGCUCAGCCAGGAACCCACCGGUCCCCAUACACAGGUCCCCUGGGAGCUCUCAGGGCUGUGUCUCACCUGCCUCCAUUUCCAUGUGACAAGGGCACCCAGGUGUGUAGGGUGAGUCAAAGGGCAGCAGGUAAAGCCAGGUCUCUGCGUUUAGACCCAGAACGUGGGGGACACGUUGUCGUGGUCUUCAACCCCUUGGCCUGGACGGUCACCACCAUCAUUACCCUGACUGUGGACUCCUCCUGGGUCAGCAUCACCGAUGCGUCAGGCCACCCGGCGCCUGCACAGGUCCAGAAAGCAAGGGAGAAACAACCUACAUAUGACCUGCAUGUGCUGACCAUUCCGGGCCUCAGUUACUGGCACUAUGGCAUCAGGAGCACCGAGGGGGCCCAGACAAGGGGGCCCAUCCACGAACCAGUUGCCAAUAGUUCCACCCAGUUUGGGCGCAGGCCGUGGACGUACACUGGUCCAGGGAUCAGGCACCUGUUGCGGGUGAAGAAUGACAUUAACACCGUGAACCUGGACCGUGACACCAACCUGAUGCACAGCAUGUGGGAGAGAGAGAGUAACCGCACAGUGCAGGUGACCCGGGAGUUCAUGGAGUACCACGUCCACAAUGAUAUGGAUCCGCAGCCCAUUUCUAAUAACUACGCGUCUGCACCCGAUGAGACCGCGAAGCGCCCCCGGAAACCAGUGGGAAUGCAGAUUGUGGCGGGGGAGCUCAGGACCGAGAUCCGGCAGUAACCCUACAGGUGCACUCGGGGACAGGAUCACACAUAGACCAUCUACUCCCGACUCACCCACGUCCCACGAAGCCACAGCAGAGAGCUGCUCUGCCGUCGCAUCGAGCAGGAGUACCGGAGGGGGGCCUUGCAGCUGAACCGCGAGGCCAUCCUGAGGACCAGCGCCAGUCUACACAACGGCCGGGUCCUCUCCUCGGACAACAGCGGCUGCCGGAUGCAGCGGAUGCACUUCCGGAAAUACACGAACAACAUGAACAACAUCACUCGGGCUCCCCUCGCGGAGAGCAGGUGCAAAGUGCCGGGUCCAGACUGGAGGACUGGGGCUCAGAGGGGUCCUCACUGCCGCCCUCCUUCUGUCCCUGAAGGCCAUGGAGGAAAGGCCAAGGCAGACCUCCGCUGCGUCCUGCUGUGGCUCCACCACCUGUGUGAGGUCGGGGGGGACCCGGUCCUGUCUCAGCCUGUGACGGUGAAUCUGAAGGUCGUGCUGGGAGGGCUGGGUCCCAUGGUGGCCGUGGAGGAGCGCUCACUCAUGGGGACCUCGGACGUGAGCACCCCACCACAGAGGCUUCUCGAGGAGUUGCUUGUCUUGAAGUUGAAGUGUGGCCGAGAAGAGAGGCUGCUGGACACUGUCCUCUGGGAAAUGUUGCUGACACCAGUUCCAGGACCGUGA